AUGACGGCCGUGGCGCUGGUGCUGCCCACGGACGCCGCGUCGGACGGCGACGGCGGCGUCGACCACUCCCCGACGGCGCCCGCGGCCGCGCCCCCGCCGCCGCCGCCGCCUCAGGAGCUGGUCAUGGUGGCGCGCGCCGUGCAGCGGCUCGUGGCGCGGAACGACGCGGUGGCGGACGGGCGCGGGGCAGGGGGAGGGAGAGGGAUGCGGGCGUUCGAGGCGGCGAAGGGCGCGCCGGCGCCGCGCAUCGGCGUGCCCGAGUACCUGGAGCGCGUGCACCGCUACGCCGCGCUGGACCCCGAGUGCUACGUCAUCGCGUACGCCUACGUGGACAUGGCCGCGCACCGCCGGCCCGCCGCCGCCGUCGCGUCCAGGAACGUGCACCGCCUCCUCCUCGCGUCCCUCCUCGUCGCCUCCAAGGUCCUCGACGACUUCCACCACAGCAACGCCUUCUUCGCGCGCGUGGGCGGCGUGAGCAACGCGGAGAUGAACAAGCUGGAGCUGGAGCUGCUGGACGUGCUCCACUUCGCCGUCGCCGUCGACCACCGCGUCUACCACAGGUACCGCGAGCACCUGGAGAAGGAGAUGCUGCGCAGGGACUACCGCUACGGCCUGAUGCCCGUGCCCGGCAGCGCGGCGCCCAGCAAGCCGAGAACGGCCGCGUCGUCCGUCGUCAACAAGCCGACCCUGACGCCGCUGACGGAGGAUCGUCGUCGUCCGGCCGAAGCUGGCGACGGCGACCGCGAGGAGCACGACCGGAAGCUGCCCAACGGCGCGCCGGCGGCCAACACGAUGACGUCGCUUCGAGAGCUGUGGGCCUUCGAUUGCUAG